GAGGAGCAGCAGUGCUGUGGGGGAGGCAGUGGCAGCAGGAGGAGGAGGUGGGAUGUGAGGAGGCAGCAGCAGCCAUCACACAGAGGAAGGGAGCAGGAGGAGGAGAGAGACUUUGGUGCCAUGACAGAGACAUCCUGAUCUUACAUAGCAGCAGCCGCCUACAGCUCAGGGAUCAGACAGCAGCUUCUCCCCCAGCAGCACACAGGUGGAGAGGAUGAUCCGGCGCGUCCUGGAGCGCCCCUGUACGUUGGCCAUGCUGAUCGGUUUCCAGUUUGCGUUUAUGGUGUAUUUCUCAUUCGGCGGACUGCGCAGCCUGGCCUCCAUCUUCGGCCGAUCAUCGGAGCCCAGCUUCGACUACUCACGCACCCAUGAUGUCUACACCAACCUCACCCGCCUGCAGGGCAUGGUUCACACCGGGACGCAGGCGACGGGGCUUCUGCCGUGGUGCCCAGAGAGGUCUCCGCACUUGUUGGGUCCUAUAACGGUGACCUUCAGCCGGACCCCCACAGUUCAGCAGAUACGAGAGAAGAAUCCGAUGGUAACACUAGGAGGUAGAUACCGACCACUGAACUGCGAGUCCAGGCAUCGCACAGCCAUCAUCAUCCCGCACCGGAACAGAGAGACCCAUCUGAGACACCUGCUCUAUUACCUGCACCCGUUCCUGCAGCGCCAGCAGCUCAACUAUGGCAUAUACAUCAUCCACCAGUCAGGGAACUCUACAUUUAACCGUGCGAAGCUGCUGAACGUAGGGGUGAAGGAAGCCAUGCGGGACGAGGACUGGGACUGUCUCUUCCUCCAUGACGUAGAUCUCAUCCCCGAGAAUGACCACAACGUUUACGUGUGUGACCCCUGGAGUCCUAAGCACGCCUCGGUCGCCAUGAACAAGUUCAGAUACAGCCUCCCGUACCCGCAGUAUUUCGGUGGGGUGUCCGCCCUCACCCCUGAACAAUAUAUGAAAAUGAACGGCUUCCCUAACGAGUAUUGGGGCUGGGGAGGAGAGGACGACGAUAUCGCCACCAGGGUCCGUCUGGCUGGCAUGAAGAUCAGUCGCCCUCCUGUGUCUGUGGGCCAUUAUAAGAUGGUGAAGCACAAGGGCGAUACGGGAAAUGAAGAAAAUCCGCACAGGUUUGAUCUUCUCAUCAGGACCCAAAGAAUGUGGACCCAUGACGGCAUGAACUCCCUAACGUACACCCUGCUCUCCAAAGAACUGGAAUCCCUAUACACCAAUAUCACCGUGGAUAUCGGCGUAGACCCCAGGUUGCAGAAGCCCUUAAGGAGGCGGGGCCCCACGCCACCACCCGUAAAGCAUAGACCCAACGAUACGACCAGUCAUUCCACCAGGGGCAAGCUCUCUGUGUUUGUUCACUCGCUGAUCAAUAACUCUACAGCGGUUGGAAAGGAAUCUGCGGUGGAGGACGGGAAGAAAAGAACCACGGUCCCCUCCGUCCAGGUAAAGGAGGCUGCGGUAGCUACGGCCGCCUUAAACGAGUCCAAGAGAGUCCGGCGGCGGGACAAGGACGAUAAAACUACUGUGAAGCCCAUCGGGGAAGAGGGGGCUCCGGGUACAGAAGCUCCUUCUCUCUCUCGUGCAGCUCGAGUGGUCCCAAAAAGUAAGGCGAAAAGAAUUAGGGUGGAGCCAAGAAAAGUUUUGGCGAGAGCGGGCAACGGUACCGUCACGGACGGCGGAGAACCAAGACCCCGGUCAGAGGCCGGAAGCUUGAGUAAGGACAUAGAUAGGAGAGCACCGGAACAAUCUGCGCGCAGCAGGCCGCCUGCGCUAACGUCAGAUCUGCAGACUGGAGACAGGGAUCCGCAACUCUGAGAAACGGCAACUCGAAUUAUAAUGUUUAACCCAGGAAUGCAGGGAGGGGGGGGGCCGAACAUUCUCCCCCUCCCCCCGACGUGUAUUUUUUUAUGGCCUAUUCCUAUGGAGGAAUUCAGAUCAUUACUACUGAUGUAUUCAAGUGUCUCGCCUUAGAAAGCGAAAUAGGUCAGAGAAGUAGCGGAACUCUGUUUUGGGCCUGGUACAGACUCUUUACGGGAUAACACAUUGCGAUACACUCCAGUGUGUCCGUCUGCUCGGACAUUGUGCCCGCCUGGGUUUUCCCACCUUGCCAUCAGCUGCAGCAAGAAGCGUCUGUGGGCGCUGUGCGGUGUGGUAACACUAAGCCCCUGCCUUCUGAGUGCCUCACUGCACGAGAGAAAGUAGCGUUCACUGUGACAAUGGCCAUGCACUGAACUUUCCCGGCCACUAGAUGGCGCUGCUGCCUGAUUACGGGAUAGCCGGCAGCGGCUGCGAUGUAUACAUGUAUAUAAAUCUUUGGACAAUGCUAUAUAUUUUACAAAUUGUAAUGUAAUGCUCCGUGCUGUGCGCUGGGUGUGAUGACUGACAGAGGAUUCCUCAGGCUGCUGUGUCUUAAAGAGGUGGAACUUUUUUUUCACCAGUUGUUUGGUGCAAAUGUAAAAAAAAAACAAAAAAAAACCCACAAAAGAAUAUAAAAUUCUGGACCUUAAGUAAGAGUGAGACAGUAUUUCAAUUCCACCGCCCCAAGUGUUCAUGGCGUAUCCACUCCAACCCUCCAACCGGAUAUCUGCCUCUUUAUGCUAGGUGUAUGUAAUUUAUUUUCUCGUUUAAUAUUUAAAUGGCCGCAGUGAUGUAUCACAGUUACACUGGAACGGAACUGACAUAUUUUAUUGCUAUUUAUGAUAUGGAUUGGAAAGACAUUGAAUAAUAGACUGUAUAACGGGGGAUGGGAGGCAUGGACGGUGUGUUCUAAGGUGUGAGACCCCCACGCUGUCCCCCCACCAACCCCCUCAGGGCAUUUGUCAUUGACGUGGUUUCAUGAAAUUGUAAAGUGAAAGUUCUCUCCACUUUGUCAAUGCGUGAGAUGUUGAAAUAAAGCCGUUUCCCAGAA